AUGCACCUAGGCAUGCAGACUGCUUCUACAAACAUUUGUGAAAGAAUGGGUCGCUCUCAGAAGCUCAGUGAAUUCAAGUGUAAUACUGUGAUAGGUUGCCACCUGUGCAAUAAGUCCAUCUGUGAGAUUUCCUUGCUACUAAAUAUUCCACGGUCAACUGUUAGUGGUAUUAUAACCAAGUGGAAGCAACUUGGAACAAUAGCAACUCAGCCACGAAGUGGUAGGUCACAUAAAAUAACAGAGCGGGGUCAUUCGCAUGCUGAAGCGCACAGUGCGCAUAAGUCGGCAACUGUCUGCAGAGUCAAUAACUAAAGACCUCCAAACUUCGUGUGGCCUUCAGGUGAGCAAAACAACAAUGCAUAGAGAGCUUCAUGGAAUGGGUUUCCAUGGCCGAGCAGCUGCAUAUAAGCCUUACAAAGCACAAUGCAAAGCGUCAGAUGCACUGACUCUAGAGCAGUGGAGAUGUGUUCCCUGGAGAAACGGUACUUGCCUGAUUGCAUUGUGCCAAAUGUAAAGUUU